AUGACUGAACAUAGGUGCUUGUGGGAAUCAUCUAAGGCAGAGUUGGAAGGCACAGUUGCAGGGCUGGAAAAUGAGCUCAAUGAAACAAGACUGAAACAUGAUGAAUAUUGCAUUCAUCUAAGACAUGAAAAAGAACACUUGGAAGAAAAGUUGAAAGGGUACGAUUAUAAGAAUAAUGAAUCUGAAAAUUCCUCUUUUUGGAUUACUUGUAAGGCCGAUUUAGAAGAAACAAUUGCAGAGCUGCAAAAUGAGCUUAAUGAAUCAAGAAUUUUGUGCCAGAAGAACCAAGUAUCUUGCAAUGUAAUAAGUAAAGAAAAUAUCGAAUUGGAAAAUAAGCUGAAAGAAUCAGUUAAUGAGGCUAAAGAGUUGAAGGAAAAAAUGGCUGAAGAUGGGUACUUGUGGGAGAUUUGUCAGGGAGAAUUAGAAAACAAAGUUGCAAUAUCAGAGAAUGACGUUAAGGAGGCAAUAAUGUUGAGCCAGAAACAUGAAAAAUUGUGGUCUCAAUCAAAACAAGAAAAAAAUGAGUUUGAAAAUAGGGUGAAGCAAUGCAACCAUAUGAUUGAGGAAUUAGAAGGAAAGAUGAAUGAAGAUAGAUCCUUAUGGGAUGCUUGUAAGACAGAUAUGCAAGGUGAAAUUGUAAAGCUACAAGAUAGGCUUGAUUUUGCAGUUAAUGAAAGUAACGUUUUGGAGCAGAGAUAUGAGGAAUUGGAAUACAAGUUGAAAGGGUUUCAUUAUAAGAGCAAAGAAUUGCAAAAUGAGCUUAUUAAGAAAAAACUUUUGUGCCAGAAUCAUGAAAAAAAGUGCACUGUAGUGAGAAAAGAAAAGAGAAGCUUGCAGAAAAAACUGAAAGAAUGCGAUGAAAGGAUCAGAGAAUUAAAUGUAAAAUUUGGCUUGUCGGAUAAUUGUAAGGAAAAUUUGAAAUGCAAAGUUAGAGGUCUGCUUGAUGAAAAUAGGAUAAUGAGUCAGGAACAUGAUGAAUUGUGCAACCAUUUAACAGAUGAAAAAUAUAUGCUGGAACAUAAGUUGAAUGAAUGCAAUGACAGGAAGAACAAAUUGCAUGCAAAGAUGAAUGAAUGCAAUGAUAAUAAAUCUUCCAAGGCAGAUUUUAACAUCUCUGUUAAAAUCUCUGUUACAAGGAGGAAUGGUCAAAAAACACCAACAAAAGUAAAUGCAAGUGAUGAUAGAGGUGAUGAGAUGAGUGAGAGUCAUGAAAAAUUAUGUACUCAAUUGACACAAGAAAAGAAUGAGCUAGAAAAUAAGUUGAAAGAGCUGGAAAAUAAGUUCAAAGAAUGCAAUGAAGAGAUUAAAGAAUUACAAUAUUUGAAAAAUGAGCUUAAUCAAACAAGUAUAUUGAGUGAGAAUCAUGAAAUAUUAUGUACUGAAUUGGCACAAGAAAAAUAUGAGCUGGAAAAUAAGUUGAAAGAAUGCAAUGACGAGAUUCAGAGAUUACAGAUGGCAGAUAUGCACACAGAAAUUGUAAAGCUAAAAAAUAAGCUUGAUUCUGCAGUUAAUGAGAAAAACGUGUUGAAUAAGAAACAUGAAGAAUUGUGCGCCAAACAUAGAAAUGAUAAAAACGAGUUGAGAAAAUGCAAUGAAGGGGCUAAGAAAUUGAAAGUAAAGAUGGUCGAGGAUCAGAAAUUUUGGGAUUCUAGUAGGGUGAGUUUAGAAGGAAAAAUUACAGAGCAGCAAAAUGAGAUUGAUGAAGCAAGAAAAUUGAGCAAGAAACAUGAAGAAUUGUGCACUGAGUUAAUGAAAGAAAAAAUUAAAAUGGAAAAAAAGAUUUGGAAAAAAGUUGCACAGUUACAAGAUGAGCUCAAUGAAACAAGAAACUUAUGGCAGAAACAUGAAAAUUUGAGCACAGAAUUAAGACAAGAAAAUAUUGAGCUGGGAAAUAAGUUAAAAGAGUCCAAUGAUGAGUCUAAAAAAUUGAAGGAAAAACUUAUUGAAGACCGUUGCUUGUGGAAUUUGUCUAAGGCAGAGUUAGAAGGCACAGUUGUAGGGCUGCAAAAUGAGCUCAAUGAAACAAGACUGAAGCAUGAAGAAUUCUGCAUUCAACUAACAGAUGAAAAGAAACAUUUGGAAGAAAAGUCGAAAGAGUUCGAUGAUGAAACUAAGGAAUUGAAGGCAAAAAUGACUGAACAUAGGUGCUUGUGGGAAUCAUCUAAGGCAGAGUUGGAAGGCACAGUUGCAGGGCUGCAAAAUGAGCUCAAUGAAACAAGACUGAAACAUGAUGAAUAUUACAUUCAUCUAGGACAUGAAAAAGAACACUUGGAAGAAAAGUUGAAAGGGUACGAGUAUAAGAAUAAAGAAUUGCAUUUAAAAAUGACUGAAAAUCCUCUUUUUGGAAUACUUAAAGAAAAGAUCGAAUUGGAAAAUAAGCUGAAAGAAUCAGUUAAUGAGGCUAAAGAAUUGAAGGAAAAAAUGGCUGAAGAUGGGUGCUUGUGGGAGAUUUGUAAGGGAGAAUUAGAAAACAAAGUUGCAAAAUCAGAGAAUGACGUUAAGGAAGCAAUAAUGUUGAGCCAGAAACAUGAAAAAUUGUGGUCUCAAUCAAGACAAGAAAACAACGAGUUUGAAAAAAGGAGAUAUGAGGAAUUGGCAAACAAGUUGAAAGAGUUUAAUGAUAUAAAUAAGGAAUUACAAAAUAAAAUUAUUGAAGAUGGAUUUCUGUUUGAUGCUUGUAAGAAUCAUGAAAAAAAGUGCACUGUACUGAGAGAAGAAAAGAGAAGCUUGCAGAAAAAACUUAAAGAAUGCGAUGAAAGGAUCAGAGAAUUAAAUGUAAAAUUUGGCUUGUCUGGUUGA